UCAUCUCCUUUCUCCAGUGCUGCUUCGGAGACCAAAGAACUCCUCUUCCUCCUUGCCUCUGCAGAAGACCCAGAAGAGAAAGCAGCGAGAAGCAUCCUUUGCAAAUCUCGGGACGUGGGGUUUCAGUUCCUCGAAGGAUCUAGGGUUGUUCGUUCUGUGAAGAAAGAAAGAACGAGAAAUGGUUGAUUCUACGGGAGCUGCUUUAGGAGCAGCAUUCCAAGAGCUGUUUGGUCUCGUUAAGCACCUGGUGAUGACUAUUGCCGCGUUUCGUAGGCAGUUAAAGAAGAUCAAAGCCACUUUGGUCAGCAUAGAACCGAUCAUCAAGGACAUCAACAAGUUCAACGAUCAGCUGGACCGUGGUCCGGAAGAGAUGGCUCCGAUCAAGGAACUGUUGGAUAAAGGCAAACGACUGGUCGACAAGUGCCAGAAGAUCCACGCGCUCAAUCUGUGUAUGAAGUAUAAGCACUCGAGAAGGCUGGCCGCCUUCAACGCGGCAGUCGUGGAGAAGUUCCAGCUUUACAUGCCGCUCCUGGGUGUGAGGGACGGAAAGGAAAUGUCGGUGGGCGUGAAGACGAUCGGGGAAGACGUGAAGGAGAUCGGGGAAGACGUGAAGGAGCUCAAGGAAUGGUUCGUGCUAGUGAACGGCAGGGCCCUCCAGAGCGAGCUUGAGACUUCGAGCGACCUUGCGGUCCCUGCAGCGCCCGAUUUCUUUGUCGGUUCAGAGGUGGAGGCAUCCUUGAGGAAGCUCAAGGAGCAGUUGCUUGAGGAGGGAGCGUCUGUGAUUGUUGUGACCGCCCCGGGUGGGUGUGGGAAGACCACUCUGCUUAAGAAAUUGUGUCAUGAAACGGCAAUCAAAGGCAAAUUUAAGGACAAAAUUAUGUUCGUCCCUAUCUCGAAGAAGCCCAACCUGACAGACAUUGUCCAGAAAAUGUAUCAACACAAUCGUUUAGAGGUACCCAAGAUUAAAUCAGAAGAGGGUGCAGUUUAUUGCUUGCAGCAGCUGCUCAAGAAAAUAGGACAAAGUCCUGUGUUGCUCGUGCUGGACGAUGUCUGGAAAGAAUCGGAAUCCAUAGUUGACAAAUUUGUCUGCGAUGAUAACAAAGAUUACAAAAUCGUGGUGACAUCAAGAUAUGAGUUUCCUCAUAUCCAUUCUGUGCAUCACCUGAACCCACUGACUCAUGACGAAGCUGUGGAACUUUUUCGUCGAUGUGUUACUGUUGAUGAUAGAAGCACGCGUCCACCAGAUACUCAGCUCUUGAAUGAGAUAGUGGAACACUGUAAGCGAUUGCCAUUGGUUAUUAAAGUCGUUGCCAAGUCUCUCCGAGGAAAGAAUUAUGCAUUUUGGAAAAAAAAGCUUCGUGAAUUGUCCGAAGGUCAUUCUCUUCUUGAUUUGGACACCGAGAUUCUAGCUUGCCUCAGAAAGAGCUUGGAUGAUUUGGAUGGUGACCCUUCGAUCAAGAAACGUUUCAUGGACCUCGGCUCAUUCCCGGAGGACUGCAAGAUCCCCGCCACUGCCCUUAUUGAUAUGUGGGUGCAAUUGUACGAGCUAGAUUUCGAUGGUGUGGACGCUGCUACUGACCUCCAUGAACUCGAUUACAGGAACCUAGCUGAUCUCGUAUUACCCAGGAGAGAUUCAAAAGACGAUGACGAAUCUUACCGUAGCCACUAUGUUAUGCAGCAUGAUCUGCUUAGAGAGCUGGCUAUCAUGGAGUGCAACCAGGGGGAAGUAAUGAACAGAGAGAGACUCAUUCUAGACUUGAUGGGAAAUAACUUUCCCAAUUGGUGGAUAGAGCAAAAGCAACAACCUCUCCAUGCUCGUCUAGUGUCCAUCUCCACAGAUGGAAAAUUCUCAACACCUUGGCCAAAUCUCAAAUUGCCUGUAGUUGAGGCUCUUGUCUUGAAUUUUCGGACCAACAUGCAAACCAAAACCUAUGCUUUGCCUGAAUUCAUCGCAAAUUCCCCCAUGCUCAAGGCCUUGAUAGUAACAAACUAUAGCUUCUUUCCCGUUGAGCUGGGCAACUUCCAUGUCAUCGGGUCCAAUUUAAGGAGGAUCAGGUUUGAGCGUGUCACGGUUCCAUUCCUAAGCAUGGGAAAAUUAUGCUUGCAUGAUUUAGAAAAGAUAUCAUUUUUCAUGUGCGACAUUAGUCAGGCUUCGACGUCGACCAAUGCCAAAAUCUCAGAUGCAAUGCCAAACUUAAAGGAGCUCGACAUGGACUAUUGCAACGAUCUUGUGAGAUUACCAGAUGACAUCUGUGAGAUAAAGCCUUUACAGAAGCUUAGCAUCACAAAUUGCCAUAAUUUCUCUGCUCUCCCUGAACAAAUUGGGCAAUUAGCAUAUCUUGAAGUGGUUCGGCUUAAUUCUUGCACAGCCUUGUCACGGUUACCAGACUCAAUUAGAAGCCUACAAAAUCUGAGACUUCUCGAUAUACCUGAAUGCCUGAAUCUGACCGCAUUGCCUGAUCAAAUUGGUCAUAUGGUUAGUCUCUAUAGGAUAAACAUGAGAGGAUGUUUGAAGUUGUCUGGAUUGCCAAAGUCAAUUGUAAAGUUGAGGAACUUAAGGAAGGUGGUUUGUGAGGAAGAAAAAGCUGUCCUGUGGGGUCCUCUUAAGAACACUCUCUCUCAAUUGGACAUAACUCUCUUUGAAGAAGAACCCAACUUAGAUUGGCUUGAGUGACCAAGGUAAUGACAUCGAUGGUAUGUGGAAUUUUUAUCAAAUAUUGAAGGUCGUCUUUACACUUUUUCAUAUUGAUGUGGACCGAUCAAUCAUAUUCUUUUCUAAUAUUUUCUUAAGUCACAUUCAUGCUUGCA